AUGAGCGGUGCUGCCGUGGCCGCAAGCUCUGCCGGCGACGAUCUCCCAGGUCCAUCGGGAUCCAGGAACUCGGAUUUCAUGGGAGUGGAACCACGGAAAAAGAAUGCAAGCCAACAACCCGAUGGACGUAUGAGUCGAAUUGAAGCCGUACAUCGUACGCUCCAUGGUCUUCAUCAUGAAUGGGAACAAAGAAAGAGAACGACAUUCGAGAUUGAUUACACGAACCCGUCGCUUCUUUGCUCGUCAUCGUCGGAUGCGGUCAGCUGUAUUGAGUUGGGUGGACUGGGGGAAAGGCAGCUCCUCACGGUUUUGCUACCGUGGAUGCAAGUGACGGUUUGCUGCGGAUUCGAGUUCAGUUUGAACGGGUUGAAAACGGAAUUGUUCGCUAAAUUGAAGAGAAUGUCCGUAUCGCAGUUUUCAAUGAAAGCUACUGAUUAUGUCUUCCAAGUGUUACGGAAGUCAACGGGUGAUAUGGAGGAAUUAUACAAUGAAGAAAUGUUGCUGUCUAAGAUUGAUUUCACGAGACCAUAUCCUAUGCUGUCGCUUUUUGAACCGGAGAGCUUCCGACAUGAACGAGAUUUGGCGAAUGUCAUAGCUGCGAAUUUGAACUAUCAAGUAUUUUUCCGAACUUUGGAGGAUGAAAAGGAGAAUAUUGAUCAUGGUGCCGCAAAGCAGUAG